GUGUGUGAGUGUGUGUGUGAGGCUGAGUGUGUGAGUGUGUGUGUCUGUUUUUAUAGCUCUCAGUGUUGGAGCUCCAGCAGAUCUUGCUGCUCUGAGUUCUUAUGAUCUUAUGAUCAUAGAAUGUAUUGAUGAAAAAUGUAAACAAAUAAAAACAGAUGAAUUAUAAUGUCCUGCAGGACUGUAGAUCUGCCCAAACUGGAGUUUCGUUUGGAGGUGUGUGUGGACGCACAGUGGACAGUGCUGUGAGUGGACAGUGGACGGCGGUCAGUGGACGGUGAUUAGUGCACAGUGAUUAGUGGUGGUGGUCAGUGGUGGUGGUCGGUGGCAGGAUGGAGUUCAGCUGCUCCCCGAAGCCCCAGCUGUCCUCCAGGGCCAACGCCUUCUCCAUUGCUGCUCUGAUGGCCAGCGGCAAGGAGAAGGACAAGGAACCAGAAGAGAACACCAUCAGACCAGCUGGAGCAGUUCGUGGCGCAGUCUUCUUCCUGCGAGCGCGCGGAUGAGGAGGAAUCCCGUGAGCUGGCGGAGUCCCGCGAGCGCGCAGAGCCUUUGAUCCCGCGCGCUCCCGCCGCGCCCAGCGAGGACAUGAAGAACAUCAGCUGCAGCCUCGAGACCAAAGAACUGUGGGACAAGUUUCACGAGCUCGGCACCGAGAUGAUCAUCACCAAAUCCGGGAGGAGGAUGUUCCCCACUAUCCGUGUGUCGUUCAGUGGGGUGGAGCCGGACUGCAGGUACAUCGUUCUGAUGGACAUCAUCGCUAUGGACAACAAGCGCUACAGAUACGCCUACCAUCGCUCGUCCUGGCUGGUGGCAGGAAAAGCUGACCCUCCACUGCCUGCACGCCUGUAUGUCCAUCCCGACUCGCCCUUCACUGGAGAGCAGCUGCUGAAACAGAUGGUUUCAUUUGAGAAGGUCAAACUUACCAACAACGAACUGGACCAGCACGGACAUAUCAUCCUGAACUCGAUGCAUAAGUAUCAGCCUCGCGUUCACAUCAUAAAGAAGAAGGAACACACGGCGUCUCUGCUCAACCUCAAAUCAGACGAGUUCCGCUCCUUCGUCUUCACCGAGACUCAGUUCACCGCCGUCACCGCCUACCAGAACCAGCUGAUUACUAAACUGAAGAUCGACAGUAACCCCUUCGCUAAAGGCUUCAGAGAUUCAUCCAGACUGACGGACAUCGAGAGGGAGAGUGUGGAGAACCUGAUCCACAAACACUCGUACGCUCGCUCUCCUAUACGGACCUACAGCACCGAGGAGGAGAGUCUGGGAGACGACACACACUCCACACACAGCCGGGGUUCUGCGUUCACAGCCUCAGAUAACCUCUCUCUGAGCUCCUGGGUUUCCUCCACCUCCGGAUUUUCGGGUUUCCAGCCCCCUCAGUCCCUGUCGGCUCUGAGCUCCGGCGGCGGCGGCCUGGCCGGUCCCCUGCCCCCCAUCCAGAGCUCACUGCCCCACUACGGCCGGCUGGGCGUGCCCCUCACCCCUUCCGCUCUGGCUGGGUCCAUGCAGGCCAGUGGGCCGACCUUCCCCUCCUUCCACAUGCCCCGCUACCACCACUACUUCCAGCAGGGCCCGUAUGCCGCCAUCCAGAGCCUGCGCCACUCCAACGCAGUCAUGACCCCCUUCGUAUGACCGGGGGCGCCACCGUAAUAACAAUUAAAACAAUAACAGUAAUAAUAAUAACAGUAAUAAGUUUAAUUUAUACACAAGGCCACUUCACACAGUCAGCACUCACGAUAACAUGCAGCUCUUUUCCUGAGGGAGGGGGUCGACACACAGUGACACCGCCGGAGACCGGCAUCAGAGGCCCAGGCUGUUACUCAAAAGAGGGCGGGGCUACUGCAGCCUUUGUGCUCUUUAGCUUUUAUAAGGACUCAGAAAUCAACACAGAUACAUAAACAUGAAUAUGGUUUAAUUUUUCACUAAAAUACAAUAUCUAUAAAGUUUAAGGGGCGUGUUUCCCAGUUUGAUCGAGCCUCUUUAUGACUACUGCAGCCUCCGCACACCGGACACACGGUGCCACAGCGAGAGCGCCGCCCAUAAACAUCUUACUCAACACCAUUUUACUCCACUGUACAAAUUUAACAGAAUAAAAUAUCCUUUAGUGAGUUUUUCAGUUUGGUUUCAGAAACUAACUCUGCACAACCCUCACUGUUUCUGUGAUGUCACAAAAAACACAGCAUGUAUACACAUUCAGCCUACAGCAGUUUAGCUCCACCCAUUCAGCCUACAGCAGUUUA